CGCGUCGCCCGGGGCAGCAGCAGCAGCCGGGUCCUCCUUCGCGUCCUCCCUCGCAUUCUGUCCCAACCGGUCGAGCCGCACGGACGCCGAGUCGAGCACCAUGGCGACAUCAUUCGACUUCUCCGGCAAGCGCGUCGUCGUCACUGGCGCCGGCAGGGGCAUCGGGCGCGACCUUGUGAUCGCCCUGGUGGCGGCCAAGGCGCAGGUGGUGGCCGUGUCCCGCACCCAGGCGCACCUGGACUCGCUCGCCGCCCAGCUGGGCGCGACCGCCAAGGCCUCCCUGCAGACCGUCGCCGUGGACCUGGGCGACUGGGACGCCACGCGCGCCGCCCUCGCCAACCUGGGCCCCGUCGACGGGCUGGUCAACAACGCCGGCGUCGCCUGCCUCGAGAACUUCCUGGAGAUGACUAAGGAGGGCCUUAACACCACCCUCGACGUGAACCUGUCCGGCGUCCUCAACGUCAGCCAGCUCGUCGCCCAGGGCAUGGUGAAGAGAGGCAAGGGGGGAAGCAUCGUCAACGUCUCCUCGCAGGCUUCCAUGGCGGCCCUCGCUAGCCACACGGCCUACGCCGCCUCCAAGGCCGGCGUGGAUAUGGCGUCGCGCGUCAUGGCCCUGGAGCUCGGCAAGCACAACAUCCGCGUCAACUGCGUCAACCCCACCGUGGUGCUCACCGACAUGAGCAUGCACUGGCUGGACCCCGUCAAGGGUGGCCCCAUGAUGUCCAAGAUCCCCCUCGGCCGAUUCGCCGAAGUCAAGGAGGUGGUGGAUGCUAUCCUGUUCCUCCUUAGCGACAACGCUGCCAUGAUAAACGCUGUGACCCUCCCUGUGGAUGGAGGAUUCCUCUCAACGUAAUGAGUAAGGUUGUGGGUGUGUAAAUUUAAUAAUAAAAUAAAGAUGAGAAGACAAAAUUCUCUGAUCUCUCUAAGGGAGGGGAAAUAA